UUAGACUAUUAAUUACUAUUGGGUUUAAAUUAGUUAAUAACUUCACCGUGGUGUAAGCAUAGCGCUCUAAUCGUUAUAAGAUUUUCUAUAUAAACAGACGUUACUUUAACUUGUUGGUAAUGUGUUAAGUCGAUAUUUGUAUACUUUAAGAAUGGCUGGUUCUCUCGCUACAAUUGCCAAAUUCUAUAACAAACAAACAUUUGCUAAACCCCAACCUCACAGUGAAUUAAUCGAUUGCACUGAUUACGUUUUGAAUUUCAAUCCUCGUAAAUUCGUUCAGAUAGGAUUGGAUCCAAAAGAUCGAUUUAACGUAACUAUUCGUUUACUAUCGUCAACCCGUUACAUACUUAUAACGAUAGAUUUCCUACAACGGAUUUAUACGUUGAUGGGUAAUAUUCUGUCGCUAAUUUUCGACCCUGUAUCAAGACAAAAGAUUAUUUUACUCAAGGAUGAAUACGUCACACUCUCAAAGACUACGUUUCAAGGAGAGUCUUCGCUAGUCUUUGAAUCACAAGCACAAGAUGAAUGCCGAGUGUUACUCACCCAAUCAGACAUUUUAAAACUCAGCGCUUUGGAAUGUUGUAUCUUUGAGACUAUCAAUCAAAAGAUGACUGUAAUUCAACCAUUGGUUCUACAACAGUUGGAACAGAUGGCUCAAUAUAUGAAAUCUCAGUAUGAAGUAAAUGUGGAAAACAAAUGUAUGUUGAUCAAUGCGGUUUCGGAUUAUACGAUUAGAAAUAGUUUACCCAAUAGCGAUCUGAGCUACAUAAGCCAAAUAAAACAAUUUGCGAGCCAGCAGUUGGAACAACGGUGGACGAUGCUGGAAGAAUAUACUAAAGAAAUGUCUUCUAACGGAGAAAACGUAUGCUCGACAUUUUUUGGGUCGCUGGCCGAUGAUAUACAGUCGGAACCAAUCAUACCAUCAAAUACAAAUAACCAAGAAAUACCAACAGUAGUUGUUAGUAAUAGCUAUCUGUCGACAAGUAUCUAAAACAUGUAUAAAAUAAAAAAAAAAAAAAAAUUGUUUAAAAUAAACGUAUGUUGCAUUGACAUGUGCUAUUAUUAUUAUAUACUGAGACAUUGUGAAAAUCGCGUUUUCAACGUAACUUGUAAUUAAAAUUAUAAUGGAUACAAAUAUGUUUAAAGAAUAAUGUUUAAAAUAAUGAUUAUUAGCUAGGAUUUUAUUUCUAUCAUAUGAAAAAAACUAUGUUUCUAUAAAACUCAAAUCAUUUUUCUUCUUCAGAAAGGUUAAAACAUGGUCAAAAACCUAGCUGUAUGAUACAUGUAAAAUACAGUAGGGUAUUCUUAGAGUUUUGGUGAAUAAUACUUUACCAUUAAAAUGUGACAUCUCAUUACGUAACUAUAGUUUAAAUACUAUGGCAUCUUACACGUACAACUAUUGUACCGUACAGAAGAGAAAAAAAAAAAAAAAAAACGUUGUAGUAUAUAUAUAUAUUAUAUAUAUAUUUACAAAUAUGUACACGCAUAUACAUAUAUUUUUUAGAAAAAAUACAAUUUCUUACUACAUUAUGUUACAUUAAAAAAAUGUUUUAAAACUACUUAUAUACAUGUAU